AUGAAGAAAAACAUUAUCAGAGUCAAGCCAAAGAGCUCACCAGCAAAGAAUACAGAAACCAAAAAAGAAUCGUAUACAAUUCCACCAGAGUGCUCAAGCUUCGAUGAAAUUCCUGCAAAUUUCUCCCAAAAUUUAGAUUUAUCAAAUCAAUUCAUAAACACAUGGACAGGAAUAUUAAAACACGAAUCUCUUAUAUCUUUAGAUAUCUCAGGCACAAAAAUUUCUGAUUUUAAAGGCACAAACAACUUAAAUUCCUUAAAAACGCUUAAGUUUAUAAACACGCCACUCAUGAAUUUACCUUAUCCUCAAAUAUCAGCAAUUUAUGCUUUCGGAUAUCAAUUAAAUUCAAUAAAUGACGAAACCAUAUCAAAAACAGAAAUAGAGCAUCUAAAAGAACAUCUUCUAUCACAAGAAUUGCAACAAAAGAUCAGAGCAGGAUUUAUUUUAUGCUCCUAUCCAAAAUAUACAAUUACUGAUAUUAAUCAACUUGUUUGUACAGGUGAAGCAUUCAUGACAAGAAAGAAGGCCUUCGAAUUCGAAAACAACUCAAAUCAUAUCCUUCAUACAGAAUUUUCAAGUAAGAAUAAAACAUUUAAUCGCGAAAAGUCACAAGCAGUGCUUGAUAUCUUGAGAUCAUACAAUACAAGUAAUGUAGAAAGCUUUAUUAGUUAUAAACGCUCGAACAAAGUUCCAAUUGCUCAGAAAGAAGCUACUAAAGAUGUUGAUGGUAAAAUUGCAAUGAUCGAACAAGAAAAUGCUCAACUUAAGGCACAAAAACUUAAAUUCAUCGGAAUUUUCCAGAAAUUAUCAAAAGAUAAUUUAGAUGUUUCAAUUAAUGAUAAAGCCUUCGAGCAACAAGAUAUGCUUUCACAAAUUUAA